CAAAGAUGCAGCACUUCAAAACGCUAACGUUGACGGCGUUGCUGUUGGUGGCGCUGCUGGCCGCCGGCAUCCGGGCGUCACCGCAGGGCGACGAUUCGGCGAAGGCGAAUCGGAACAGUCUGCUGCUCCGGCGUGGUAACGUUGGGCGACCGCUAGGUCGUACGACACCGACCACCACCACCACCACCACACCAUCGUCCGCGGACUACGCCGAGGACGAGUACGCAGAUAACUACGACGAGGGUAAGGGCGAGGAUGGUGGCGACGACGGUGGGGAGGAGGGUCCCGCAGGUGGCAAGCAGCCCACCACUACCACCACCACGACGGAGGCACCGAAAAAGAUACGCCCGAGCAUUCGCCCAUUCCGCAGCAACGAUGAUCUGCUGACAGCGCUGAAGAAGCGGCGCCAGGAGUCGAAGAACAGCAAACCUGCUGCCGCACCGAAGGAGAAGGUGUACGAUGACGAGGACGUACCCGCACCAGCCGCCCCAGCGAAAAGCGCGAAAGCUCCCGCAAUCGUUCCGAGCAAACGGCGGUUCGGUAGUGGUGCGGCACGCAAGGACGACCACUCGGCGGACGCAUCCAGCAACGAUGGUCACGACGGUGGUAGUGACGGUGGUAGCAGCAGCAACAGCAAUGGAGCCAAGUCCCUAAUCGGACGCUUGGGGCGAUCGCGGUUCGCACUGAAGCAGUGAACCACCAGCCCUCGAUGGGCAUCUCCACCAUAAUCCUGAUGCAGGAUGCG